CAUUUCCCGCCAUGACUUUGGUGCAGAUGGUCCGCUGCUGUUGUGCUGCCAGGGCACUGUUUUAAAUUGAAUUCAAUAUACAUAUAUACAAAAUCUGAUUCAGUUUAAAAAUUUCAGUUUCGGUUUCUCUGGUAAUUACACGCACUACAUUACAUUACAUUGCCAAAGGAGUCGUCGCCAGUCGAAAAUCGCGAGUCGAUGCUGCUAUAAAUUGGCCACUCGAUAUUCGAAUUGCAUGCAUUAACUGCAAGCUCCUCGAACACACAGCACAGCACCCAAGCCUAGUCCCAGCCAAAAACUCCGACUCCAGCAAGAUGAAGUUCACCAUUGCCUUCUCCGUCGCCUGCCUGUUGGCCACCGCUUUGGCUGCUCCUCCGGCCAGCCAGCAGGAGGCGCAGGUGCUGCGCUUCGACUCGGAUGUUCAGCCCGAGGGCUACAACUUCGCCGUGGAGACCAGCGAUGGCAAGAGGCACCAGGAGGAGGGAGAGCUGAAGGACGUGGGCACCGACCACGAGGCGCUUGUGGUGCGCGGCUCAUACUCCUAUGUUGGAGACGAUGGACAGACCUACGCCAUCACCUAUCUAGCCGAUAAGUACGGCUUCCAGCCAGAGGGCGCACAUCUGCCCCGUGCCGUUCAGUAAAUCCCUUUCGAUAUGGAAUCGCAUUUAGAUGGAAGUCUAAGUACCUUCCAGUCCAUCCAGCAUCAAUGUGUUAACUAUGUUUAAGUUUUCCUCUCAGAAACAUUAUAAUAAAAAAAGAUUCAUUCACGCAAAAAA